GGCUGUUGCUACCACUGAGCUCCCGUCGUGCCCCGCGGCGACGGGCUCAUGGCGCGGAGGGUGCAUCCUCUCCUGCUGCUCGUGUUGUGGACUCUGACUGCUCCGGCCUGGCCCGGCCCCGGAAAAGAGAAUGACGGAGGGUGGCAGUGGCGCGAAUCCAGGGCGCCGGCGGCCGUGGCGGAAGAAGAGUAUUGCACAGUAGAGCGCCGUGCCGACCUCAGCUACGCCGAGUUCAUCCAGCACUACGCCUUCUCCAGACCUGUCAUUCUGCUGGGACUCACAGACAACUCAAGGUUCCGGACUCUGUGCUCCCGCGAAAGGCUGCUGGCCUCAUUUGGGAACAGCGUGGUACGCCUGAGCACUGCCAAUACCUACUCCUACCAGAAAGUGGACGUACUCUUCCAGGAGUACGUGGAGCAGCUGCUGUACCCACAGGAUCCCACUUCCCUGGGCAAUGACACCCUGUACUUCUUCGGGGACAACAACUUUACUGAAUGGGCAUCACUCUUUCAGCACUAUAUCCCACCCCCAUUUGGUCUGCCAGGUACCACUCCUGCUUACAGCUUUGGGAUCGCAGGAACUGGCUCUGGGGUGCCCUUCCACUGGCACGGGCCUGGCUUCUCAGAAGUGAUCUAUGGACGCAAGCGCUGGUUCCUGUAUCCCCCUGAGAAGACACCUGAGUUCCACCCGAACAAGACAACUCUGGCCUGGCUUCAGGAUACCUACCCUGCCCUGACACUGUCUACACGGCCCUUGGAGUGCACUAUCCAGGCUGGUGAGGUUCUCUAUUUCCCUGACCGAUGGUGGCAUGCCACACUCAACCUCGACACCAGUGUUUUCAUCUCUACCUUCCUCAGCUAGCCAGAGCGGGCAGCUGGCGAGCCCAAUUGCACACCAGCACACACCCCUAAAC